CUGUGUUCAUUUUAUGGACACAAGGACGUUACUGCAAGCAGCCACGCAUUAUAACCGUUGACAUUUACAAAGCCUGGGCACUGUGUGUUCCACCAUUGUAUAGAAUUGCGUACGAAUAAAAAAAUGCGUUGUCUAUUUUGUCAGAUUUUGGAUUAAUUUUGACGAUCUGUCAUACAUAUUCAUUACGUUCACAUCAAUAAGCAUCACGCAAGGAAUCUGGCGCUCUUUGCGUGGUUGCGUCACGGGGUGAUUCCUGUUGAGACCGCGCGUAACCCAGACGUUCAAGACUUUGUUGAAUGCAGUUGCAAAAAGCUCGAUUUUGAUUUUUCGAUAUUCGAAAAUUGAUAGCGAACGUAGUACUUUUUCGUCUUUGCUUCGCGUUUGUGGAUACAGUCAAGGUGUCAGCAGUUUUGUAGAUCUAAAACCACCAUUCGCUGGUGAUCAACGAGGAUCGAAGAUAGCACCAUCAUCAUCCUCGAUAAUUGAGGAAAUCAAACAGCCAGCAUCAAGAAGAACCCAACUUUAUGGUACUACUCCACCAUGUUGGGUAUUAUGGAUCAUCACCAAGACACCGUUCGGAAAUGUAAAACGGAGGCUUUGCCUCCAGAGCGUAGGAAGAGGACCGUGGAGGAUUUCAAUAAGUUUUGCAGCUUUGUCCUGGCCUAUGCUGGGUACAUUCCACCUCAAAAAGAAGAGAGUUCAUGGUCUCCGUCUUCAUCUCCAUGUGCACACGAGCUUUCUGAGCUCUCAGCCGAAGGGUCUGUAAAGGAUAGCUGGACAGAAGCACACUCUGACCUCAACAACAUUCAAUGUUUGGUCCACAAAGCUGAGACAGACAGCAGCAGCAGCACAGAGUUCAGCCAUCUUCAGUCGGACAGCUCCUUAGACAAGAUGAGAUUGAAAGACUCUCUGAACCAGAUCCAUCUGGAUAGUAAAGCUGAGAGGAAGAAGGUGAAGAAACUUGGACGCUUAUCUUUAGGAGGGCCGAGGAAAAGCAUCUCAGAGGCAAGGGCACACAAACAAGCGAAAGCAGCACUAAAAAAAAUGAAGAGAUCAGUAAAGGCUGAGAGACGCUUUCCAUCCACGAGCCCUUUAAACGAGGGGUUUCAAAAGGAGGAGGGGCUAACUGAACGGGCCGUUCACAUGCAUGAGGAGGGGCUUAAACUGGAGUCCAAUCAAGAAACAGACCUGAGCUCUUGUGAAACGGACACAUUGGUGACUGAUGAGGAUAUUAUGGUUGAGUCUGGUGAUGAUUCUUGGGAUUUGGUUACGUGUUACUGCGGGAAGCCUUUUGCCGGACGUCCCAUGAUUGAAUGUGAUGAGUGCUCCAUUUGGGUCCAUCUCUCCUGCGCUAAGAUUAAGAAGUCCAACGUACCUGACAUUUUCUACUGCUACAGAUGCAGGGACUCUCAGGGCUCCAUGGUCAAAAUAGACCACUGAGAAUGAAUGUGUGGGUGCAGAUCUUGUGUCUAUUUAAAUGGAUGAGAUGUUCUCAUAUCUGUUUUUUUUAUAUAUAUAUA